AUGUCUCUCCAAUCGCUUCUUUCAACUAAGAUCAUUCGUGCAGUAUCGAUCGCGGACACAGCGUUCGACGCCGUGAUUCUUGUCAGCAGUCAGGAUGGGGCAAAACAGUUUGGAUCAAUUCCACAAGUCUCCGCAAUUGGACCAGUAGUUGACAAUUUCGCAAAGUUCCACCAUGGCGCAUUUCAUUCGACUUCUCUUGUUCAAGUCGAUCCCAGUAUAGUUCCUUCCGGACGCAUUAUCCUCUCAGGAACAGGAAACGUAAACCGUGAUUUCGACGAUAUUCGCCGUUACCAAUUAGCCGCGAGGAAAGGCAUCGAACUUGCUCUCUCAGCUGGAAUUCGUUCGCCUUUACUCAUCACUUUGCCAAAUUCGCGUUUCCCCAAUGCUGAGCUCGUUGCUGCUCUUGGAGCCCUUACUCCCGUCUAUACCCCAUUGAAUGUGCGCGAAGAGGACAACACACAGAAAUUGAGCUCUCUCGGACUUCUUGCGGUGGGGAACAGCGAAUCGAGCAAUCAAUUAGACCGUCUUGCCACUGCGUAUGAUGCCGCUUUCACCGUGUGCCGCGACGUCGGAGAACAGGGGCCGGAGAGAAUGGCCCCACCAAGAGUUGCCGAAUAUAUUCAGGGUGCAUUUGCCAAUGGGAACGUUAAUGUGAGCGUUGUUGACGACCAGAAUGUGAUCGAGAAGGAGUUCCCAUUGAUGGCUGCUGUUAACCGUUGUGCAAAUACGGUUAAAGAACAUCAGGCUCGUUUGAUUAAAUUGGAGUAUGUUGGCGAAGGAGAAAUUCAAGAUACAUUCUUCGUUGUUGGAAAAGGUGUCACAAUUGACACUGGCGGCUGCGACUUGAAAACCGGUGGACACAUGUUCGGAAUGUGUCGCGACAAAUUCGGCUCAGCAGUUCUUGCCGGUUUCUUCAAGGCAAUUGAUGUUCUCAAACCGAAAAACAUCAAGGCAAUUGGAUAUAUGUGCAUGGUUCGCAACAGCAUUGGAGCUCGGGCAUACACGUGCGAUGAGGUUAUUAAAUCAAGAAGUGGCAAGAGAAUCCAUAUUUACAACACGGACGCUGAAGGUCGUCUCACUAUGCUCGAUCCUCUGACUUUGGCUAAAGAACAAGCGCUUAAUGAAAAAAAUCCGCACAUUUUUACUUUGGCAACGCUUACUGGUCACGAAAUACUUUCUUAUGGAUACUACGCCGCUAUUAUGGAUAAUGGACCAGCGAAGAAUAGUGGAUGGGCAAGAAAGGUUCAGGAUGUCGGAGACGAAUUCGGACAACCGAUAGAGAUCAGCCGACUUCAUCCGGAAGACUUUGCAUUCCAUUUGGCUGAAAGUGAGCAGGCCGAUUUAAGACAAGGAAAUACGAAACCCUCGGUUGCUACAAUGCGUGGGCAUCAGUCACCGGCCGCGUUUUUGCAGAUGGCUAGCAGAAUCGAUGAACAUGGUACGAAUAGCGCAAAACCGUUGAAAUAUACACAUAUCGAUAUGGGAGGAUGCUCUGGAGAUCAUCCAUCAACGAGCUAUCCGAAUCCUUUAGUCACUUUGGUUGCGGGACUCAUUCUCCCACGAAUUUAA